UCCUUCUCUGCUUCCACAGCUGGGAUCAAUGACUGCCCCGAACUCCUGGGUCCCCUUCCGGCAGCACCGCCAGAUCAGCCUCUACCUGCUGGCCAUCAUGACCUUCUCCAUCUUCCUACACUUAAGCAGCCGGUUCCCCACUGCAAGGCAGAGGCACACAACGAAGGGGUCCCCAGCCACGCCACCCACCACAACCCCCGCCAUGGAGCAGGGCAUGUGGACCGUGAACUCCGCCGGGCGCCUGGGGAACCACAUGGGGGAAUACGCCACCCUCUACGCCCUGGCCAAGAUGAACGGGCGCCAGGCCUACAUCCUCCCGGAGAUGCACCAACAGCUGGCGCCGCUCUUCCGCAUCACCCUGCCCGUGGUCUCCAGCGACGUGGUCCGGAGCAUCCCGUGGAGGAACUAUGAGCUCCACGACUGGAUGUCGGAGGAG